UGAGGAGGAAGAACAACCCAAAGGCAAAGGCGGAAAGAAGACAUCCAAACCUAAGAAGAAGCCUAGCCCGAAGGAAGAGAAGGAAGAGGAUAAGAUGGACGAUGCGGAGCUCGAAUGGGCCCAUCGCGAACGAGCCCAUGAGCUUAGAGCACUGGCCAAGGAACUUGGAGGUCGAAUUCGCUCUCUCCGGUUCUUCCAAUGCGUCCGAGCUUUUCAAGGAGAUGCAAAUCUGAGGACUACCUGCCCCCAGUGCAAGCGAAGUAACUUGUUACCGAACGAAGUUUCAAUAUUAUCCUCGUGUGGGCAUGUAGGAUGCAAUGCAUGUGUGACUGCAGCUGCCGCUAAUGAAGCAUGCGUUCAACAAGCUUCCGGAGAAUGUAGAGUUCCAGCCAGUCCUCUAUUCGUCGUCCCAGCCGAUACGUUGGGCCAUGACAAGAAGGCGGAUGCAGACGGUCGACAUUGGGGACAAAAAUUGGAAGACAUCACCGAGCUUAUCAGGUCACUUCCAUCCGAUGAACGAGUUCUCAUCUUUGUUCAAUUCCCCGAUCUUACUAAGAAAGUAGCGGAAGCUUUAACCGCUUCCAAGUUGACAUUCACCGAGAUCAAGGGAACCGCCCUCCAUCAAGCGAAAGUGUUGCAAGAUUUCCAAGACCCGUCCUCCAAAGUCCGAAUCCUACUGCUAAACUUGGGUGAUGAAAGCGCGAGUGGCGGGAAUCUUACAGUCGCCAAUCAUGCCGUAUUUAUUUCUCCCCUGCUAGCCAAGAAUCAGUUUGAAUAUACACAGGCCGAAACACAAGCGAUCGGUCGUAUUCGUAGAUUUGGCCAAAUGAAAACCGCGAACAUAUAUCGGUUUGUUACUCGUAGCACCAUUGACCAGGAGAUUUAUACCAACCGUGGUCAAAGUCUCGGUGACCUCUCCAAACGAGUUCAGAUUAGCAGGACUAUUGCUCUCAAGGAUAACGAGGACCUUUCUGGAGUCCAUACUAGUGGGAUAGAAAUGGACACUUCCGAAUAA